AUGCGGACAGGAAGCUCCGUCGUCUCUCAGCUUUGUAGACCAGGAAGGCUUGAUCCUCGCAAAGCAAGGGGUCGCAUAUUGCUGUGCCAAAGAGGGAGAAGCCUAAGGCCUGUGGAUAAGGGCGCAGAAGCAAAGCGUGUAGGCGCAUUGAAAAUGAUUUUGCAAAACGAUAAGCAAUUGAACACACGUACAGCUGAUGCUCAGGUCCUUGAUAGUUCCAAUAUUCCUCUAGACGGAGGUUCGCAUGAGGGUGAAACAGGUCAAUACACGUAUUUCGGCAAAAAGAAGCCACUUGCAGCAAUGAAUAAUGCAAAAACAUUCAUACCAAUAAGGCCAGCUCCAAGAGUUUCCGCAUUCUCAUCAAGGGGACCCAACGUGAUUCUUCCCUCGAUCCUUAAGCCCGAUGUAACAGCACCAGGUCAGGAUAUAGUUGCUGCUUAUUCACCUGCUGCAAGCCCCACCAACCUCGAUUCAGAUGAUCGUCACUUUAACUUCAAUGCUUUAUCCGGAACCUCAAUGGCAUGUCCUCAUGCUGCCGGCAUUGUUGGUCUUGUCAAAACUCGCCAUCCUAAUUGGAGUCCUGCCAUGAUCAAGUCGGCAAUUAUGACAACUGCAAGCAUACUGGAUAACACCAAUAGACUGAUUGAGGACGAACAAGAUGGUCGAGUAGCAACUCCGUUUCAUUACGGCACAGGCUAUGUCAAACCCAACAUUGCAAUAGACCCUGGACUUGUUUAUGAUCUCAAAACUUCUGAUUACCUCAACUUGUUAUGCUUUUCUGCGUAUGAGGACAGAAUAAUUGAAGCUAUCAACUACAAUAGGCCAUACAAAUGUCCGAGGUCUUACAGACUAGAAGACUUCAACUACCCUUCUAUCACAUUGCCUUUUCUAGGUGUGAAACCUGUUAAUGUUACUCGUAUAGUAACAAAUGUUGGGGCUCCGGGCACAUAUACUGUAAAUGUCAAACCUCCAAGAGGAUUUAAGGUUGUUGUUGUUCCGACAACUUUGACCUUUCAGAGGACAAACCAGAAGAAGAGCUAUAUGGUUAUUUUGCAGGCAACACGUUUAGCCCAAACUUCAAAGCCUUCAUUUGGAGAGUUGACAUGGACAGAUGGCAAGCAUAGAGUGAGAAGUCCUAUAGUAAUCCCUCAACAUGCAAAGAUGGCUGUGUAG